GUCAAUGAUAUUCCGAUGAUCUGACGCAAACGAUAUCCCCCCGAACCGACGACACACGCGCGCGCACGCAUCCACGCGCACGCACGCACGCACGCACGCACGCACGCACACACACCCGUAUCGUGUCGUAUCAUACACACCGCCGCUCGGCCGUAUACAGUCUACACGUACGUCGCCGCGACGACCGCAUUACGUCCGUCGCGUUGUAGGUAGUAUAAUACCGUCACCAGUAUCAUAUCGUUAUUAUAAUAUACCUACCCGUCCGCGUAUACUAUGGUAUUAUAACCAUACGCCUAGUUCGCCGCCGUAAUAAUUAUCGCGUACAUAUUAUUUACCGCAGUUAUUAUUAUUGUCACGUCUAAAUCUCUGCGCACACACCUAUAUGUCCCGCGAUCGUGUUUAAAUACUUUAAUAAUAUUACAUAAUAACGUAUGAAUAUUCAUACUCGUCGUCGACGCAUCUAGUUGGGUAGGUAUACCUAUAGUUUGCGAUUAUCGUCCUCGUCGCGCGCGGGACAAAUUCUACGUGCGCCGCGUAAUAAUAUUUUACUUUGCCCGUCGUUGUGCCGCCGCGACUGAACUGCGGCUGCAAACUCACCGCCGCGGCUCAUCCGCAUAAUAUUCCGUCGGUUUCGUGGCUGGCGCGUGGCAUGUAGAGCGAUGGCACUGGGCAUAUCUUCGACGCCCACCGACUCGUCGUCGGGCCGGGGAUCGCCGGUGAGCCCGAUCAGCAGCCCCGUGACCCCGCUGGCCACGCGGCUCGCGCCCAUGCCACCCAUGGUUCCCAACCCCAUGUUCGGGUUGCCCAUGCUAAACUUCAGCGUGUCGCAGGUGGCCAGCGUGUGCGAGACCCUCGAGGAGAGCGGAGACAUCGAACGGCUGGCCCGGUUCCUGUGGUCGUUGCCCGUCGCCCAUCCGAACAUCGUCGAGCUGAACAAGAGCGAGGCCGUGCUCCGGGCUCGGGCCAUAGUGUCGUUCCACAGCGGCAACUACCGCGACAUGUACACCAUACUCGAACACCACAAGUUCACCAAGGACUCGCACGGCAAGCUGCAGGCUAUGUGGCUGGAGGCCCAUUACCAGGAGGCCGAGAAGCUGCGCGGCCGGCCGCUGGGCCCGGUCGACAAGUACCGCGUCCGCAAGAAGUUCCCGCUACCUCGGACCAUUUGGGACGGCGAGCAGAAGACCCACUGCUUCAAAGAGCGCACCCGAAGCCUGCUCCGCGAAUGGUAUCUCCAGGACCCGUACCCCAAUCCCACCAAGAAGAAGGAACUGGCCCAGGCUACCGGACUGACGCCCACGCAGGUGGGCAAUUGGUUCAAGAACCGCAGGCAACGCGACCGGGCGGCGGCGGCUAAAAACAGGUAA